AUGCUGGAUGAUGCUGCAAAGAAAGGGAAAAUAGGAUACCAUCCAAGAUGCAAAAAUAUUGAUCUCACACAUCUCUGCUUCACGGAUGAUUUGAUGAUAAUUACUGACGGCACGAGAAGCUCUAUUGAUGGGAUUAUUAAGAUCUUUGAGGACUUUGAUAAGAUGAAUCAGAGAGGGGAAGAGAUAUUACGGCAGUUCCAGUUUGCUACGGGGAAGCUACCUGUUCGCUACCUUGGUAGACUUCAGCUGAUCAACUCUGUUAUUAGAAGCCUCACAAACUUUUGGAUGGCAGCCUUUCGAUUAUCUAGUGGAUGUAUAAAGGAGAUAGAGAGAAUCUGUUCUGCUUUUCUAUGGUCUGGUCCAGAGCUAAAUGGCAGGAAAGCUAAGAUAUCAUGGGAGGACAUUUGCAAGAUGAAAUAUGAAGGAGGGCUGGGAUUGAGACCGUUAAUGGAGGUGAAUCAGGUUAGCUGCCUCAAACUCAUUUGGAGAAUUCUAUCUGCUCACUCGCUUUGGGUGAAUUGGAUCAAGAUUUAUCUUAUUAGAAAAGGCUCACUUUGGACGGUUAGAGAUAAUACACAGAGUGGAUCUUGGAUGUGGAGAAAGGUUCUCAAGAGUAGAGAGAUGGCAAAGCAUUUCUACAGAGUAGAGGUGGGUAAUGGUCGAGGAACUUCUUUCUGGUAUGAAAUGUGGAAUCCAAUGGGUCGUUUGAAGUAA